UGGAGAGGAGGUCAACCAACUAAUCGCGUAAAUGCGCGCCAUUUUCAUUCGCUUUCCGCAUUAUCAGUGUCUUGAAAUUCGGCAAAAAUGAUCAACAAGUUUCGAUACAAGAAGCCGGUCAUCGACGACUCCAAGGACGAUCAGUGCAGGAUAAUCAGUGAUAAUGACACCCUGAAGAGGAGCAAGGCGAAGAAAGACGGCGGUUCGAAUGAGAACGGUACUCUUAAAAGGACUAGCACCAGUAGGAUAAAAGAGGAUAACGAUACGCUUAAAAGGACUGAAACUAGCAGGAUGAAGGAGGAUAAUAAUAAUUCGCUUCAAAGGACUAGCAGGAUGAAGGAAGAUUAUAAUUCGCUUCAAAGGAAUAGUACCAGCAGGAUAAAAGAGGAUAAUGGUACACUUGAAAGAACCAACAGGACGAAGAUAGAAAACGAUACGCAUAAAAGGAUUAACGAGGAUGUUAAUGAUAUUAGUGGGGUUGUUGAUGAAAGGACUAAAAAGGAAUUACAUGAGCUGUUCUCCCAGCUGCAAUACUCGACUGAAACGGCCCUUCCGCCUGACGCUUUGCGCAGAGCCCUGGCCGAGAGUUUCUUCGAUCAAAACCGCUUCCAGCUGGGCUUCAUGGACGAUGCGGCCGAAUGCUUCGAGAACAUGCUGUUGCGCAUCCACACGCACAUCGCCCAGGGCGAAGCGGAGGACAUGUGCAACGCGCGGCACUGUAUACCGCACCAAAAGUUUGCCAUGACGCUGGUCGAGCAGAGCGUGUGCGGUUCCUGCGGCGCCACCUCCGAACCGCUAUCUUAUACUCAAAUGGUGCACUACGUUUCCACCGUGACAUUGGUGUAUCAGGUGCGAUCGAACGGGAUGCGAUCGAAUUCGGAUCCGUUCGGGCAGCUCUUGCGAAAAGCUGGCAAUAUGGGAGACGUGAGGACUUGUCCGAGCUCCUGCGGUGCUGUUAUACAAAUAGGUAGGACGUUGAUGAAUCGACCAGAAAUCGUUUCGAUCGGCUUGGUGUGGAACUCCGAACGACCGACUUUAGAGCACAUUAUGGAGGUGUUUUCCACGAUCGGUACAACUCUUCGAUUGGGAGACGUUUUUAACACCGUGGUCGACAGUAAAUGGGCUGAACUAUCGGUGCAUAAUCUAGUUGGAGUAGUAACUUACUACGGCAAACAUUACUCGACGUUUUUCUUCCAUACGAAACUGAGAGUGUGGAUCUAUUUCGACGAUGCCACCGUCAGAGAAGUGGGGCCUAGGUGGGAGCAAGUAGUCGAGAAAUGCCGAAAAGGAAGGUAUCAACCUUUACUCUUGCUGUACGCCCUACCGGACGGUACUCCUGUGAAUACGGAUAACGCCCCGAAGCAAAUCACUCCUCUGCUCUCGGAAAAAGUGAACAAGAAACCACCACAAUCUGUACUCAGGCGAUCGGUAACGCCGAGCCCGGAGAAACCGAUGAUUGGUUCAACUAGACGUGCCAUAACUCCCAAUCCAGACGGUUCGCUUGUUAAUCAGAAACCGCCAUUACCGAGACCUUACAACGACUAUCAAAACCUGCAGAUAAUACAAAACAGCAUAUCUCAAAACCAAGACGUCGAUACUGUUGAUGGAUGCAUCACUAAAAAAGACCCCGAAUACAUUUGCCGGAAAACAUUAGAUUUUGGUAAACCUCACGUAGGCAUCCACAGGACACUAAGUAACAGUUCCUCUUCCGGUAUAGAAGGAAUUAACAUUCCCGAUCACCUAAACGUGCCGAGACGAAGAGAUAGCGGCAACUGGAGCGGCGAUAGAAACAGCGCGUCUUCCUCUUCUUCAACCACCAUGGAAAACCCCUACCUUUACCUAGUCGGUAAAGUCCCUAGUAACGGAGGAAGCGUACCAGGAAGCCCAACCAGAACAAAAACCGACUACUCGAGCAGCAGCAGUGGAAUAUACGAUGCAGGUUACGAUUCCUACUCUUUAUCAUCGAACGACAGCUCGACUGUAACAACCUUACAACACCUCAUGAAGAUGGGACACCUCGCGAAAAUUCCCGAAGACUACAACAACUCGAUUCCCAAUCAGAAUUCACUCAGUUGCGACGUCCUCUGCGAUGAGGCGGACGAACUCUUGGUGAAGUCUAGGCAAUUGGAAGACGAGCACGAUCUUGUUUUGGCUCUCGCUCUUUGCAACGCAGCCGCCACCAAAGCUAGGGCAGCUAUGAACGCCCCGUACAACAAUCCCCAAAUACUCACUCUAGCUAGAAUGAAGCAUAACACUUGCAUCAUGAGAGCGAGGAGUUUACACAGGCGAAUCACCCAAGCUCCUAAUCCGACCAGCAAAGAUAACAAUCCGGAAAUACGCCAUACGAGGGAAGGAAGUAGCGGCAGCGGAAGACAUUCGAGACAGAAUUCUAGAGAUAAAAGUAACCAUUCCAGGCAGAACAGUAAGGAGCUUUUAGUGACGGAAAAGGAAAAGAUACAACCUACAAAAAGCAUUGAAAUAUACGCCACUUUGCCCAAAAAGAACAAAGAUUUACUGAAAAAUAAAUUGUCCAACUCUACAGUAGAAGACGAAGAAUAUAUGCUAUAUGACAAACCUCCUGCUAGGGAGUCUCGAUCGAUUUUCUCCAGAUCCAAAAACAAGGAUCAAAAAGUGAAAGAAAAACGAUCGAGAAGCGAAGAUCGCAACAAAUUAUCGAGGGGUGAUUUUUCGAUAGCCCCAGAAAUAGUCGUUGGCAAGGAUACCUUAAAGAAAGUGAAGGAAAAGGACGAAGAGAAGAAGGAAAAAGACGGAAAGAACAAGAAGCAGCACAAGAUUCGCAGGAAGCUGUUGAUGGGUGGUUUGAUUAAAAGGAAGAACAGAAGUAUGCCCGAUUUAACAGACACGAAUUCUGUUGAAAGUAAUUCUGUAAAAACACCAACAGCUACAGUUGACGACAGUAACGUUGGUUUAAAAGGUACUUUGGAGUCUCAAAAGAGCAUGAGUGGUUAUUUAUCGGAAGGCCAUUUGGAAUUCACCGGCAGUUGUGCGAACCCCAAUUUGGAAAGAAGCAAGUUGAUGAGGAAGAGUUUCCACGGCAGCGCCGGCAAGAUUUUAACCAUGGCUAAAGUACCUCCACCACCACCUCUUAGAACGACUUCCCAACUUAGUAAAUCUAAGUUAAAUGUACCAGAAGUUUGCGAGGACCAUCAGCAGUCUUGUCCAGACGGAUUCCACCAGCAAGACUACAAUUACCAAGCUGUGCCUUCAUCUUUGCCUCAUUACAAAGACAGUUCGUUCAGCGAUGAAAGCUUCUACAACAGCAGCACCAACACUGUUAUUACGCAAGCAGAGGUGCACCAAGAAGAAAAUUCCAAAGGUUACAACGGUGACAGCGGCGUAGACGAGGUAGAUUGUCUUCCUAAUGUCAAUCACAUCGCUCUCAUGGACUUACCUCCUUAUCCGAGUCCGCUAGGUUCUGUAAUACAUUCGAGACAAGCUAGUGAAGAAUUUCCACCACCUCCACCACCUCUUGAUCUCUCGUCUCUGGACGAGCAUUUAGUGCAAAUGGCACAACCUAGCACUCUGUUAAGUCAGCUGCAAAACAAACGACACGAAAUAUUCUCUCAAGAUUCGGAUUUGCAAAAAAUAUGCACCGUACCGAAAUCGACUGGCGAUACGUGGUUGAAAGAAUUACAAGCGAAACAAGCUGCGUUAAAGAACAAAAGGAAUCUCGCAGAAAAUGCCGAUGGAGAGGACGUGGUGAACACUCAAAGAUUUAUACAGGCCGAUAAAAUCAAACAAUCUGUUAGAGAUUUAGCUACGAAAUUCGAAUUCCAAGAGGUGAAACCUUCGAUUCAGAGCUACAAGCACGAUCCGGUCAAAAACGAAAACAACGGUGUACUUUCAAUGAAGAAGAGGGAGGAAGCGGAUCCCAUAGCAGCUGAACAAAUAGCAGAAGAGUUGAGGGAAGUUGAAAUGCUUAAUGCUGUUGUACAGAAGACUCUCAAUUUAGGUGCACCCGACACUAAUUCUGUCGAAGAAAAGAGGAAAUUGAGCAAAAAGAAAAGCGUGUCCUUCUGCGAUCAAGUAAUACUCGUUGCGACAGCGGACGAACAAGAAGACGACAGCUUUAUUCCCAAUCCCAUAUUAGAAAGAGUAUUAAGAACCGCCAUGAACAAACCGGAAAGCGCCGCUAUCAGACAAGAAAUCAUGUCUUUGCGAGAAAACGAGGCGAAGAAAGACAAAUCCGAACCAAACGAGUUUUCCAAUCAGAACCAACCGGUUUAUGCCAAACGAAAUUUAAAUCCAAUAGUUCCAGCUAAACCAGUGGAUGCCGUUCCAGAUAUGCAAACGUACAGGCAAUCCCCUCAACCCAUGUACAACAGCUACUAUCAAAACGGCCAAGUUCCUGCGCAAAAUUCUCCACAACCCGUGCUCAAUUCUCACGUUUCUUUAACCAACAACCACCCAGCGGCCCCAGUUCCUCAUCUGCAAAGGCAAAAUUCCCAGAGCGACGCUCACAACAGGCCGGCGUUUCCUUCCGAGAUGUACAACGGACUCCAGCCAUCAUACCAACGCCAAUCUAAUGGGUACGAAGAAAAUUAUCCUGCGAUUCAGUACGCAAACGCUCAGAGGCAAUCGCCGUAUCAACCGAUUCCUCCGAACUCUGCAGCGUACGUCGCUUAUUAUAAUCACAACAACAAAAGCCCGCAAUACUCAACUUCUCCUAGGACAUCUCAAAUUAGAGUAACCAAUCCUAGUCCCAUAAAUGGCCACUCGGCCUAUCAAAUGCCGCCUUACCACAAUCAACAAAACCAGUACAAGAACGGGUACGAUCAAGGUCCCUAUCAGAGGGUACCGUUGCCGGAGAAUUACCCUCGAUACGCUCCUCAGAAUGAGAUACUGCCGCAAAAUUCUCCUUAUCAGAGAGUACCUCCGCCUCAAGAUCAUUCGAUGGCGUAUCAGAGGGUACCGCAGAACGAAUACGAUCAUCAGACUUCGCCCUAUCAAAGGAUACCUUAUCCUAACGAUGCUUAUCAAAGGAUACCGCCAUAUCACCCGGAGGAAUUGAAUAAGCAGUCGCCUUAUCAGUACGUUCCCCCGCCUAAGCAAGGCUUGAAGAAGAGCGUGAGUUUCCUUCCUGGCACUAAAGGGGGCGCGGAGUCUCCGAUGCCUUGUGUCGUGGUUACACCGAUUGUUGUCAAUAACGCCAAUAAUAGUGUACCUACCGAUUUAACCAAGUGCAAUUUGUGCAGAAAAAAGAACGUAGUGGCUUCGAAUUCGUAUUGUCAAGACUGUGAAUUUUACAUGUCGAGGUUUAAGCCCAAGAGUUAGCACUUAUCGAUGCGAUUGUAAAUAGUAGUAUUAAAUUGUCUGUAAAAUGUGAUAUUUUGUUUAAAAUUUAUAGAAUUUUAUUGUAAGUUUUUUUAUACAGAUCUCAUGUUUCACUCAGAGUAAUUUUAUUUUAAUGUAUC